AUGCUGAUCUCCUCGGCCCCAUCCUUCAUAGUCCUUCCUCCGGUGGGUCUCACCGUACCUUUGUGGUCUUGGAUUCUAUGGCAGCUGUGGAACGGUAGAAACAAACUCUGUUUUGAGAACAGAGUAUUUUCCGGUAUGGAAAUUAUCUCUAAAGCCAUUGCGGAUGCACGGGAAUGGCAAAGUGCACAAUGCUCGGAUAAGGCAGUACCCUCUGAUGUAGCACAAAGCCAUUCUAGGAUCUCAUCUCUCCAGGCCCCUUCCCCUUCGCCAGAAACUGUUAUAUGCAACGUUGAUGCAGCAUGGGACUCAUUGACUUUAAAUAGUGGGAUUGGUGGUGUUUUUUCAGGUCGGAAGCAUUGUCCGGAACUCUCCCCUAUCAGUGACUCUCGCAGUCUCGUUUCAUCGGCUCUUAUGACUGAGGCCAUUGCCAUCCGUUCGGCGGUUAUGUAUGCUGCCUCUUCAAAUGUCAAAUCCCUUAUGAUCCGGAGCGACUCUCAAUCCCUCGUCAAGAUGCUGAGGGAGAAAGGCUCAUCUCCUGCUUUGUUUGGGAUUUUAUUUGAUAUCUACUACUUUGCUCUUCUUUUGAUGUUAUAUCUUUUGUUUAUGUACCUCGGUUGA